AUGAAUUUUCAGAGGACAUUUGGGCUGAGUGGAGAUAGUUCCAGUUAUAGGUUAAGUUGUUCAGAAUUGACAGAAAGGGACCAGCAAUGGCGGCGUUUCCUGUGUACACGACUGCUUCAAGAAAAUACACUAGAAUUUAGGGUGAUAGCCGGUCUAUACAUAUUAAAGUCUCUGGAAUUCGACUAUGGCCAUCUAUUGCAAAUUUAUAAAAGAAUGACGGAUGAAAUUUCUGCAACCAACAAAACAAAUUUAAAUUCCCCUGCGCCGUAUCACCAUGACAACGCGCCCGAUUCACAACAAACCAGUCAUAGCGCCAAAAUGCCGUUGCCUGAAGUAGAACAAAUCUUACAAAAAUACAGACAAGAGGAAGAAAAAGUGGACAUUUUAUUCAAACAAAUAGAAAAAAAAGACGAAAGCAGAAGUGUUGAUGAGGAAGAUAAACACAGACAAUUCGUGUCAUUUGAAGAAGCCAAAGAACGAAACAAAAAUCUUUUGAAGGAUUUGGAAACCGUUAAAGGUAAUUUACGUUCGAAGGCCAUCUUCAGCCCCACUGAAAUGCAGUGGGAAACCAUCUGCAAACACUACCAAGACGAACCUUCCCUCCCUGUAACAACCUGGAAAUGUAACGUACCCAUUUUUGUGUAACGUAAUUUAUUUAAUAAGAAAAUAUUUAAUAGAACUUGUCAACAAUAAAAUUACGGAAACAUCUACUCACAAUAAAUACUGACGUUUUACUGGUACAAAACAAAUGUGACAAUAAAUAAAUCAAUAAACGUAGCGUAUCACAAUCGCAAUAAUUUCCUACUACUAGCUACUACGACGAAAGAAACUGAUCAACAAUAUCAACAAUCCUUUCUGGAUUGUUCAGAUGCAAAUGGUGGCUACCUUUAACCACGUGUCGUUCAACCUUCUUCGCUUGCUGCUCAAUCUUGUCCAGGACCGUUCCAUAGAAUUCUGGAAACUCGAACGUCAUUCCAGGAUCCCCUCUUAUAUUCAACACCUCGCACUUAAUCCUAGAUGCAAAAUCUAAAGACUGCUCUUGCGUCAUAAACGCUAACGAAGGUACUUUUAGCCUAG